GUAAAUGUAUUGGAAAAAUUUGUGAACAUAUUAAAAAUAUAAAAUGUUAUUGAAAAAUAUUACUUAACAGUGAUAAUACUGAUCUCUUCAAGAUCUCAUGUAAAGUAUGAAAAUUUAGUGAACCUUUUCAUGUUUGUGACUUUCAUGUUUCUUUUAUGUGCUUAUUGAUGAGUUUGCUCUUCUAUCUUUUUCCUGAGACUAUAUUCUUUACAAAAUCACAUGCAUUUCUCUUAUUGGCUCCUUUUAUUCUUUCACUACAGGCAAUUGUUAGUUUUGUAACAAUGCAGUUUCAACUUUGUACCGUGUUUUUCACUUUCUCUUUGGGCACAAGAACACAUUACUUUGGACGGACUAUUCUUCAUGGUGGAGCUAGGUAUCAAGCGACUGGUAGGGGCUUUGUUGUUCGACACAUUAAGUUUUCUGAGAACUAUAGGCUCUAUGCCCGCAGUCAUUUUGCCAAGGGAAUGGAGAUUGUACUUUUGUUGGUUGUAUAUCUUGUGUAUGGCUUUAGCAUAGGUGCUUUAUCGUACAUUCUUCUCACGAUUAGCAGCUGGUUCUUGGCUAUUUCUUGGCUAUUUGCACCAUAUUUGUUUAAUCCAUUUGGCUUUGAGUGGCAAAAGACGGUGGAGGACUUCAGAGAUUGGACAAACUGGCUUCUGUAUAGAGGUGGAAUUGGAGUUAAAGGAGAAGAAAGUUGGGAGGCUUGGUGGGAUGAGGAGCUGGCUCAUAUUCGAACAUUAGGGGGGAGGCUGAUGGAGACCAUUCUUAGUU